AUGGACAAAGAUUGCGACAUGGUUUAUAAAAAUAUUUCUGACCUUUACAAAUCCGAAGAAUUUAAGACAUACGAUAACUUUGUUUCAUUAGUUGCAAAAUGUGUAUGGCAGAUAAGAGAUAAAGAUAGAAGAGGUAAAGUAUGGAAUGAACAAAUAAGACCCGCUAUGUUUGAGAUGAAGAGAGCAAUUGACGCUUUAGUUAUUUUAGCUGGUAAUGUUUCAAUGUAUAACGCAAAAACGAUGCCGCAAUGUUCAAAAUGUAAAGCAGCAAUAAGAAAAUAUAACUACUCAGUCAAAGAGAUAGAAAGAAUGCGAAACGACUAUGCAGACUUAAAGAAAGAAGCAGAAAAGCCAGCAGAAGAUAAAAUGGAUAUGUUGACAUUUCUUAAUAAAAACUAUCCAACAGCAGAAGAUUUCCUUUUAUCUGACGUCAAGAAGAAGUAUAAAGAAACCUUCGGCAUUGUUAAAACAUUCGAUGUACUAAAAGAAGAAAUAGAGGCUACAAAAUUGUUUAGGAUUUCAAAUAUACAUCGUACAAUUCAUGUAAAACGCUUGUGA